CACUCACGGAGACAGUAUAAGCAAACUGCGGCAGAUUAUAUCCCUACCUUCCAUUCCUUUGUUGGUAUACUGCGCUUUAUUUUCUGUGCGCGGGUGUGUCCGCUGCUGCAGUUUCAACAUGUCACUACAAACAGCAAGACACGUUGACAAUGCGAAGUCUGAGAGCGAACUGGCUAUCAAUAUCCGAAAAGCCACCAGCAUUGAGGAAUCGGCACCCAAACGAAAGCAUGUGAGGAGUUGUAUUGUGUAUACAUGGGACCACAGGAGCUCCCAGUCCUUCUGGGCUGGGAUGAAGGUGCAACCUAUACUCGCGGACGAGAUUCAGACAUUCAAAGCACUCAUCACAGUACACAAAGUUUUACAAGAAGGGCAUCCCAUAACACUUCGGGAAUCUAUGGCAAAUCGAAGCUGGAUUGACAGCUUGAAUCGCGGAAUGUCUGGAGAAGGCCUCCGAGGCUAUGGCCCGUUGAUCAAAGAAUACGUCUACUUCCUGCUUGCAAAGCUCACCUUUCACCAACAGCAUCCAGAAUUCAACGGCACUUUUGAGUAUGAGGAGUACAUCAGCUUAAAGUCAAUAAAUGAUCCAAAUGAGGGGUAUGAGACGAUUACAGACCUCAUGCAGCUACAGGACAAGAUUGAGCAGUUCCAGAAGUUAAUUUUCUCUCAUUUUAAGAGCGGCGCAAACAAUGAAUGUCGGAUUUCAGCCCUGGUACCACUGGUUCAGGAGAGCUACGGGAUUUACAAGUUUGUUACAAGUAUGCUUCGCGCAAUGCAUACAACAACUGGUGACGAUGAAGCUCUGGAGCCUCUACGGGGCCGGUACGAUGCUCAGCAUUAUCGGUUGAUUAAGUUCUACUAUGAGUGCUCCAAUUUGCGAUAUCUCACAAGCCUAAUAACAGUUCCCAAACUGCCUCAAGACCCGCCAAAUCUCCUUGCCGAGGACGAAAACGCACCUAGCUUGCCACAGCGCCCAAAGCAGGAGGUGGAACGCCAACCAACACCUGUCGCUGCACCAAAAAAUGAAGAGCCUGAUGACAUCAGUGAGUUCUGGAAGAACGAACAAAAUCGCCAACAGAAGGAGUACGAGGAGCAACAGAGAGUAUUGGAGGAAAGGCAGGCUCAACAGCUCUACGCACAGCAGCAGGCAGCUUUGCAAGCUCAACAAAACUUUGAAGAGCAGCAGCGCCAACUUGCCGAGCAGCAACGCCGAGAACAAGAGGCGCUGAUGCAGCAACAGACACAAUGGCAGACCCAAGGACGGCUGGCAGAGCUCGAACAAGAAAAUUUGAAUGCGAGGGCACAGUACGAACGUGAUCAGCUGAUGCUGCAGCAGUAUGAUCAGCGCGUAAAAGCCCUCGAAAGUGAACUGCAGCAGAUCCAAGCCAGUUACGGUCAACAAAUUACGAGCAAAGACGACCAAAUCAAGGCAUUGCAAGAACAGCUGAACACAUGGCGAACAAAGUACGAAGCUUUGGCCAAACUGUACUCACAGCUGCGAACAGAGCAUCUUGAUCUCCUCCAGAAGUUCAAGUCCGUGCAACUCAAGGCAGCUUCAGCACAGGAAGCCAUUGACAAACGGGAGAAGCUUGAACGCGAAAUCAAGACGAAGAACCUCGAGCUUGCAGAUAUGAUACGCGAACGAGACCGUGCGCUACAUGAAAAGGAUCGGGCGAGCGGUGGAAACCGAGAAGAGCUUGAAAAGCUGAAACGAGAACUCCGUAUGGCUCUUGACCGUGCUGAUAAUGCAGAGCUUAGCAAGGGUAACGAGCUCUCUUCUAUGCUUUCAAAGUACAACCGUGAGAUGGCCGACCUUGAAGAUGCCCUCCGGAAGAAGUCGCGUGCUCUCGAGGACAUGUCAACCAAAUACAGGGAAGGCGAUAGUGACCUCGAGCAGUUGCUUAGAGAAAAGGAAGAUGAGCUGGAGAUCAUGAAGAUGGGAAUGGACCAAACUUUGAUUGAACUUAAUGAGCUCAAGCUAUCCCAAGGAGAAACUGACCAUGCUUUAGAUGGUCAGAUUGAUGCAGUGUUACUUUCUAACAUUGCGAAGAUCAAUGACAUCAUUGAUUCUGUCCUUCAGAGUGGUGUCCAACGUGUAGACGACGCUCUCUAUGAGCUUGACUCCUCGAUGCAAGCGGGAAACCAGAAUGCAUCUCCGUCAUACGUGCUAUCACAGGUCGAGAAAGCCUCUGCGAGUGCGACUGAGUUUGCGACUUCUUUCAAUAACUUUAUCGCCGACGGCCCUAAUAGCACACAUGCGGAGAUUAUCCGCACCACCAACGUCUUUGCUGGCUCUAUUGCAGAUGUCCUGAGCAAUACCAAGGGACUCACAAGGCUGGCCACGGACGACAAGAAGGCCGACCAACUAAUAAAUGCAGCCAGACAAUCUGCUCAAUCCACAGUUAAAUUCUUCCGUGGUCUCCAGAGUUUUCGUCUGGAUGGGAUGGACCCUAUGCAGAAAACUGACGUCGUCAUCAAUAAUAACAACGAUGUCCAGAUGAACUUGCAAAAGCUGAACAAGCUUGCUGACUCAUUUGCACCGAGCAGCGGGAGACUGGCUAACAAUAAGGGUGACUUGGGAGAUCUUGUCGACAAUGAACUCACCAAGGCCGCCGAUGCCAUCGCCGCAGCAGCAGCACGCCUGGCCAAGCUUAAGAAUAAGCCCAAGGAUGGAUACUCGACAUACGAGCUGCGAAUUCAUGACUCAAUUCUCGAUGCCGCAUUAGCAGUUACGAAUGCCAUCGCGCAGCUAAUCAAGGCGGCCACCGCAACCCAGCAAGAGAUUGUGCAAGCUGGUCGGGGAUCCUCGUCUCGCACUGCCUUUUACAAGAAGAACAAUCGCUGGACUGAAGGUCUUAUCUCUGCUGCAAAGGCUGUGGCGAGCUCCACAAACACUCUGAUUGAAACUGCAGACGGAGUCCUGUCCGGUCGCAAUAGCCCUGAACAACUUAUUGUUGCAUCAAACGAUGUUGCAGCCUCCACUGCGCAACUCGUAGCUGCGAGCCGAGUCAAGGCUGGAUUCAUGAGCAAGAGCCAAGAGACACUGGAGACAGCUAGCAAGGCAGUCGGUGCCGCGUGCAGAGCGCUUGUCAGGCAAGUACAGAGCAUGAUCAAGGACCGUGACCAAGACGAAGAACGAGUUGAUUACGGCAAGUUGGGAGCGCACGAGUUCAAGGUCAGAGAAAUGGAGCAACAGGUUGAGAUUCUGCAACUCGAGAAUAAUUUGGCCUCUGCGAGACAGCGGCUGGGCGAGAUGAGGAAGAUCUCGUAUCAAGAAUGAGAAGGCAGGUGCAGUAUGGGCUGGAUGAAUGGGAGCAGUAGAAAGAGGACUUUGUACAUGCGCAAGACGCGGUUAAUGUACAGAAUUAUUUACAAGGCCUGGGACAUGUAUAGUAGCCCUAUUGCCCGA